ACAUUUCACGUAUUUUGAUAUAUUUAAAUAGUUCUGUUGAAUAGAUCUAUAUAAAUAGUUCAAAUCAGGAAGUGGAUUUGAUAAAAUGUACACUACCGAAAAUUAAUCCAGCGCCGACCUUAACCGAAUCCAGUCAGACAUAAAUAAGCUUAAAUAAAUGAUGGAAAAUGGAAGAGGAGGAAGAAGAUAGAGUGACUGAACCUCGUUUUACUAUAGGUGCACAAGAUAUAUCUACCCUUAACACUACAAGUCAUCACGGAUUUCUACGUUAUGAAGGAAGUUUAGAAAAAUUUGUCCGAAGGACUGUUAUUUUAAAACCUUUUUUUAGAGAAGCAGUUAAAUGGAGACAACGUUUUGUUGUGUUAUGUGAAGGAUGUAUGUAUAUAUACAAAGAUGAGUAUGCCACAUCACCUCUUAAAGCCUUCUCUUUAGCCGACUUUAACAGGCUGCAAAGGCUUCAAGACAACGACAGAAGAACAAGAAUGAAAUUUCAACUCGUACCUUUGAAUGAAAGUUCGCCUCAGAAGCUUUUAACCUUUUGCUCUUCGACUGACGAAGAAAGAAAGGUUUGGUUUCAAAAAAUUAGAAAGGAAAUGGACGAUGCAGUACACGGCACUUCUCAUUUACAAAGUGAUUUUGACCAAGACGAAUAUGUUUCUUUGGAGAAACCAGUACAGACAGAGUCAGCAAAUAUGUAUCGGGAACCAGACAAAAAGCUUGUUAAAAAGGCGAAAAAUAAUGAAAAAAAGAAAAAGGAAAAUGGAAAGAAACCAAAUGAAAAAGACAAAAACGAAAAGACAGCUUCAAGCAGGCCGCUCCCUCCAUCGCCUCCGGAAGACGAUGAAGAAGACGACUUAAGUGACUAUGAUACGAUCACAGAUGAUGCCUGUAUCGGUCGAGCUUUGCCAGUUGUUCCACCCAAUGUACCAAAAGAAAGAACACCUCGUCUUGUUGAACCAAUCAAACCAAAAGUGCCACAGAAACCACCGUCCAAUAUUAAGAAAUUAAGAUAUUCCAGAUCUGAGUUUGAAUUUAAUAGCAGUGACAGAACUCUGGUUGAAGGAAAACUGGGUCAUCUGUCAGUUGGAACUUUUCUUGUUCGGAAAUCACGACAAGAUAAUCAAGAGGUGUUAUCUGUAAAAACAGAGGACGGAAUAAAAGAAUACAAAAUAUACAAUAAGCAACGUGGAUUUAGCAUUGACAACAAAGAACAAUGGUUCAGUACGACGGAGGAAUUGCUAGACUAUUAUUCACAAAAAGAUAUUCCUAACAGGGUUAUGACUUUGUCAAGAGCAUAUAGUACAUCAGAGGACAACGCUCAUUUAUAAUGUUUACAGAUUAAGUAUCUAUUUUUAUAUGUAUUUAUAUUUAUCAAAUGAUAAUGGAUUUUGUGUUAUUAACCAUAGCAGAUUAUCAUAAUUUCAGACAUGAUUUUUCUCAACAAAAAGCUCUGGAAUCGUGAAACAAGAAAUCGUAGAUGAACAGUUUGAUAUUAUGUGACAUAAUGCUCUAUGCAAAUAGAGAAACACAGCGACUGUGCUGAAUUAUUUUUUUAUUCUUUACUUAUAUUUAUCAAUUUUGGCUUUUUAGUUUUGCCAAUUUAAUUUUUUUAAACUUGAUGUGAGAAAAUAAGAGUUUACCCACAAAUAUCCCAAAAAAAUAUAUCUACUGCUUUAAAAUUACCGUAUAAAAUAUAAAAAAAUAAUAAAAACUUUCUAAUAGCUAAAUGGAGUAAUCGGAGAUGAAAGCUCUCUUUUAGAAUCAAUGUUGAUUUUUCGGAGGUAAUUUUGUUAAUAUGGUCGCAAUUCCAAAGAAGUAUUAUCACAAACGUUUAUUAUUGUUCCUUUACAAUUUUGUUUCAUUUUAGUAAAGAAAUGAUGAAUACUAGUAUAUGUUGACAUACAAUGCUAAAAAUAGGCAUAUCAGAUUUUUGUGGCGUAUUACAUAUGUGAUGAUGUGAUUGUGACGUACUAAAAGUGAAUAUAAAAACAUUCUUUUCGCUGAUAAAGGUCUGAAAAAGGAUAUAUCUUGUUUUAGCUAAUAUUUGCUGCACAUACGGAUCAGCUUGAUUGUUUUUAGAAUUUGCGUGUUUCACCCAUUCACAAAUAUCCAUUACAAAUUAAUGUUGGCCAAGGAGUCUACCCAAUGUUUUCCAGUUGGCAUACACUUAAACAUUGCAUAAAACAUGCACACCGGAAUAAUAUCAUUCUUGUGAAGCUUUGAACAGUCUAAACAAAUAGUACUUUUAUAAUUUGUCUUUAAAUUAUUUUUUUAUAUGAUUGAGGGUUUUUGAGGGAUAAGUAGGGCUUUAACAUACACUUCCGGUCCUUGACCAUGGAAUGGAUAUCCUUAAAUGGUUUAGAUGUAGAAGUUUAAAUGGUUUUGAUGUAGAAGUUUAAAUGUCUUUGAUGACAAAUAUACCUACACUUAUAAUCAAUACUAUCUAGGAAAUGUUUAUUUUUUAGACAAAAAAAUGGUUAAUAUUUGUUUUGCCAAUUUAGGUGAUCAAUUUAAGUAAAACGGUGGAAAGGGGCGUUUGAUGUACUUUUAGUUCUAAGGCAUCUAUUAAGAUAGCAAUAUUGAACGUGUUUACCUUUAUUUAUAAGUUAAUAGAUUGGUAUCUAUUUUGUCAUUUAGUUUUGUGAUAUCUAACAUUAAAAAUUCGUUUCAUAA